UCAGAAAUAUGGACACAUCUAAAAUUUUGCUGAUUGCAGUUGUUUUAACUGCAUGUUCAGUGAUCUUUCAAGUAAUUGGUCUAGCCUUACCGAACUGGAUUCAUGCUGAUGUUCCACCUAGUAAACUUUACUCUGGUCUCUGGAAGGCUUGUUUGGAAGUAGAAGGACGUGACUCCACUUGCAAAGAUCUAACAAAUCCAACUGAUUGGUUAAAAGCUGUAAGGGUUAUGAGUAUCUUAGGACUUCUGGCUCUAUUGGUUUCUUCAAUAGCAGUUGCAUUGAAACAAUUUAUCAUGAAGGAACAGAAACCAAUCCUUUUUGUUGCAAUUGCUGCUGCUUUUGCCGGAGCUGUCUUCAUUUUGAUCUCAAUAGCCGUCUAUGCAGCUAAAAUUAAUGAUAUAAAUACUGGUGAGAUCUUCAAGUUUCACUUUGCGUUUGCAUUUUGUAUCUUGGCAAUGUUGGAAGGGCUUGGAGGCGGCGUACUGAUGCUGAUAGAAAUGAUGAAAUGAUGAAGGCAACUGGCUACAUUUUGUUUGCUUGAAAGAAAUAUUCGUAAUGAUGUUUAAUACAUUGUACAUAUAUUUAUUUAAAAUUAUACAGAUAAAUAUUUUUGCUCUGUGUUGAUCUGAAGGAAAAUGCGUGUAAUGCUUUCAAAACAUUACAAAAUAAAGAA